AUGUCGGCGAUGCAAGCGGCCAACAAGCUCCGAACGGCCUUCACCAAGGGCGCCGGCCCCAGUUUCGGGUUGUGGCAGAUGAUUCCCGGCGCCAACGUCUCGCGGGUGCUUGCCCGGAGCCCCGGCGUGGAUUGGAUCUUGGUCGAUUGCGAGCAUGGGAACAUUGACGAUGGCGCCAUGCACGAUGCCGUCCCUGCCAUUGCGGCGGCUGGUGUGUCUCCUAUUGUGAGGUUGCCGGAUAUGCAGAGCUGGAUGGUGAAGCGUGCUUUGGAUUGCGGUGCUCACGGGAAUGAAGCUUGGCUGACGUUUGAAAAGAUUCUCGUUCCGCUGCUCCGAACCGCCCAGGAGGCAAAGGACCUGGUGCAGUCGGCCAAGUUCCCCCCGUGGGGACGACGUGGGUUCGGGUCGCCUCUCGCCAUGGAGCGCUUCAGCCCGGCGCCCAGCAUGACGGAGUACCUGCAGCAGGCCAACGACAGCCUGUUGACGAUUGUGCAGAUCGAGACCAAGGAGGCUCUCGAGUCCAUUGACGAGAUCGCGGCGGUGGAGGGCAUUGACGCGCUCUUCAUUGGGCCUUUUGAUCUUGGAAACAACAUUGGCCAUCCGGUCAUUAACGGCGUCAUCGAAAAGGAGUUGAGCGAUGCUAUUGAGCGCAUCCUGGAGGCGACGCACAAGGCGGGUAAAAAGGCCGGCAUCUUCUGCACGAGCGGCGAACAGUCCAAGUUCUUCGCGGAUAAGGGGAGAUACCUAGAGAUUCUCGGGAAGAGAAGGGUAUCGAAUAUGGUAGAGGACAUAAGCUCAUCCCGCCAGCCCAUCAUGGCAGAAAAGUGCGUCCAUCAGGGCUGCGGCAAGCUCUACUCUGAUGCCGAGGAGCCUUGUGUCUACCACCCCGGUCCUCCCGUCUUCCAUGAAGGCCAGAAAGGCUGGAAGUGCUGCAAACCCCGUGUCCUCACCUUUGAGGAGUUUAUGGCCAUCCCCCCCUGCACAACCGGCAAGCACUCCACAACCGACCUCCCCCCAAAGAUCGAGCAAAAGCCCCAAGCGGACCCCGCGGACGCGCCCUCUCUCCUCGAUAAGCUCGCAUCGGCAGCGGAACCGGCACGCAAGCCCCUCUCCCAAGCCACAGCCGCUCCCUCCCCUCCGCCUCCACCCCCGGAGUCCGAGUCCGACGACGCUUCCCUCGAGAUUCCCGACGGGACCACCUGCCGUCGUAAAGCCUGUUCGGCCACCUACCGCAAGGCCUCAUCGCGCGAUGGUGAAUCCUGCGUCCACCACCCCGGUGUCCCCAUCUUCCACGAGGGCUCCAAGGGCUACAGCUGCUGCAAGCGCCGUGUUCUCGAGUUUGACCAGUUUAUGAAGAUCGAAGGUUGCAAGACCAAGGGCCGUCACCUUUUCAUCGGAAGCGGCAAGAAGAAGAACGCUGCGGCAGUUGGCGGCGAGGAGAAGCUCGACACAGUCCGCACCGACUUCUACCAGACCCCUUCUACUGUAAUCGCCUCCUUCUUCCUCAAGAAGAUCGUCAAGGAUUCGGCCAAGAUCGAGUUCAAGUCGCAAUCCAUCGCACUUGACCUGCCCACCUCAGACUCGCCGCCCAAGCGCUACACCACCGAGGUACCUCUGUUUGCGCCAAUCGAUACGGCAAAGUCCACCUUCAAGGUGCUUGGCACGAAACUUGAGGUGAACCUUGCCAAGGCCGGCGGUGAGUCGUGGCCUGUCCUGCGCAGUGAUGACCGUCUUACUGGUGAGAUAUUACAAAUCGGCAAGGCGGGGCGCUUGCAAUAG